UCUUCCCCAAGGAAUAAUAAAGCCAUAUAUAUAUGCAUCAUAUCAUCCUUAUCUUUAGGCCUCCUUUUGACCUCUUGUCACUUCCAAUUAUAUAAUAUAAGUUGAGCCAAGACAUAGAUUGAGUGAUGGACACAUUUGGAUCGGUGGAGCUUGAUUUCUCUUCAUAUAUCCAGCAGCAGCAGCAACAGCAGGGUUUCAAUGGGGUUUCUUUGACUCUAGGGUUACAACAACACGGUGGAAGCGGGUGAGCCUGGCAUUCCCUCCUCCUUCGGUGAGCAGUCAUCAUAGCUCGCUCUUCUAUGCAACAACCAUUGAUGCUGCUAUGCCUACUAUUGUUGGAAUGGCACCGAAAAACCAGGAUGCCAUUGAUGCUGCUAUUGUUGGAAUGCUUGCAGAUCCCAAAGAGGCAAGGGCUAGAAUCAGAUAUGUUCACUUUUUACCUUUCAAUCCUGUUGACAAGAGAACUUCUCUGACUUACAUUGAUGCUGAUGGAAACUGGUACUGUGCCAGCAAAGGCGCUCCGGAGCAGAUCAUGAACUUGUGUAAUCUAAGGGAUGAUGCUAAGAAGAAGGUUCAUGCCAUUAUUGAUAAGUUCGCCGAAAAAGGCCUUCGUUCCCUAGCCAUUUCAAGACAGGAAGUUCCUUCUUGGCAAGACAAAGAUGCAAGUAUCGCCACACUUCUCGUCGAAGAGUUAAUUGAGAAAGCCGAUGGAUUUGCCGGAGUCUUUUCAGGGAAACAAGUUUUGGCCUUAAGCAACAUAAAGCUCAGGUUGGCCAUCAAUGAAGAGGCUCAUGAACUUUUCGCCAUCGAUGGUUUCCUUUUCAAUGAGAAGUUGGACAAUCUUGUGAAAGAUGUCAAUAUGGGUGGUUAUGAUUUGCUUACCUCUACAUCCACAACAUCGGCAGUUGCCAUGGAGUAA